CCACGUGUAACGUGAACAAGUCACAUGUGCAUUGUAACUGAGCUUUUUUCUUGGAAAAAUUUGUAAAAAUAGUAAUUUUUCAAAAUUAAAAAAAUCAAUUUAAAUCAAUAAAUGUGUUUUAUUUUGAGUUAGUUAGUUUGUUGAAAAAAAAUAAAUAAUUUACGUGUCUUUUCUUCGGUUCCAAGACCGAAACAAAAAAAUUAAACAUUGCAAACCGAUAUUGGAAAGACGAGAUGACGAUGGAUGUGAGCAAAAAUGAAACAAAUAAAAAUGGAUCUGUUCAACAAGAAUGUGCAGGAUGUGGAAAACCAAUUACAGAAAGAUAUUUAUUAAAAGCACUUGACAUGUUUUGGCAUGAGGAUUGCCUAAAGUGUAGUUGCUGUGACUGUAGACUUGGUGAAGUUGGCUCAACUCUAUAUACCAAAGCCAAUUUAAUACUCUGUAAACGUGAUUAUCUCAGAUUAUUUGGAAAUACUGGAUACUGUGCAGCAUGCUCAAAAGUCAUACCGGCAUUUGAAAUGGUCAUGAGAGCAAGAGCAAAUGUUUAUCAUCUAGAGUGUUUUGCAUGUCAACAAUGUAAUCACAGAUUUUGUGUUGGGGAUAGAUUUUAUUUGUGUGAAAAUAAGAUACUCUGUGAAUAUGAUUAUGAAGAAAGGCUGGUAUUUGCAAACAUGGCACUUCAUCCACCACCAACAGCAACACUGGCGCACAUCAAGCGUCAGGUAACACAUCUACAAGCCCAUCAGCAUACGGUGGGAUCGACAACAUUGAGACAAUCAAAUGGUGACUCAGGGCAUAACCACAAUAACGGUUAUCCUCCACCACCUCCACCACCUCCACCACCACCACCAGGACCAUCAGCACCACAAUCAGUAACAUCAGCAACUGCCGCUGCCACCAACAUCAACCAUAACCCAAAUUUAAAUCCCAUGAAUAAUUUAAAUGGCAUAAAUGCACAAGCAUCAUACGAGACAAAAUGACACUCAAAAUAAAUGUCUUUUUUUUCUCUUAUUUAUAUAUAAUAUAUUUUCUACAUCUUUAUAUUGAUUAUUGCAUCAAAUUUCCAUAUAGUUAAUAAUUUAUUAUUAUUAUUAUUAUUAUUUUAUGGAUAUGGAAUAAAAUAAAAUAUGUCACAAUAAAAUCUGCCAAAAUAACGAUAAAUUUAUUCAAAAUAUAUAUAACACAUACCUAUAUAAAAAAUAAUUAAUAACAAUAAUAAACUAUACAUAUAUAUACAUUAUAAUUGCGUAUAAUUAAUGUAUUUAAAUAACAAUACUAUAAUGUCAUGUGCAAUACGUAUAUAUCUUAUCGUAAAAAACGAAAAAAAAAAAAAAAUAAUUGUUUAGUUUGUUGUUGCAAAAAAGGAAUAAUAAAAAAUAAAUAAAAGUUUUCUUGUAUUGCUAUAUUGAUAAGAAUAUAUAAAUAAGAGAAGAAAAAAGUCGUAGAUUUGUGCAUAUCAGAGAUGAAGUUUUGUGGGGCAACUUUCGUAUGAAUUCAUAUUAAACUUAUACAGUAUAGAUAGAUAGAUAGAUAGAUUUGCUGAUAUUUAUAGAUAGACUUGCUGCAAACAAAAAUAAUCAGUAAAAAAAAUAGUAUAUAUACGUACGUAUCUAUCUAUAAAAUGACAGAGAAAAAAAUAAAUAAAAAAAUAAAAAAAUAAAAAAAAGAGUACAACCUCGAGGGUAUAAUAUGUUAAGGGUGACUUAGCAUCGUUUCAACUUUGAAUCUCAGUAGAGGCCAGAUUGAUGCGGCCAACUUUUGCCUUGCCUUAUUUGCGAGUCAGAUAACGAGGCUGAGUUAUGCUUAAAGUUUUUUAAAAGAGGGGGUUGAACUAAAACAAGAAGAAUUUCAUAUAUUAAAUGCUUUAUUUUUUUUCGUGCCAGUUGGUGUGCUCAAGUGCCACAUACGUGUGUCCCUUGUUUCUCCAACAAAAUAUUUACUUGAAUUUCAUCAUCUGAUGUGUUGCUAUAAUUGAUCAUUGAUCAUAAUAAUAAUAAUUAAAUUUAAAAAUAAAUACACAACACAAGGUGCUUUUACUAUAAUAUAUUUUUAUUAUUUUUAAAUUUAUUUGUUAUAUUGUUAUUAUAUGAUUAUUAUUUAUUAUAUUGAAUUUAGUGAAAAAAAUUUGUAUAGAAAAAGUUUAAUUUAUAAUAAUAAUAAUAAUUGAAAAUAAAUUACAAGUUGAUUUGAAAA